AAAGCACUGAUACUUGAUCCUAACUAACUCUCAUGUAAACAAGACCUAAUUUUUAUUGAAAUAGUUUUUAACUUUUCUUUUUACUAUAAGUAUUUUAAUACCUUUAAAAAAUGAACAAUAUUUUUCUUUUAAUUCUCUGUUUAUUGGCAUCUUCCCCUUCAGUCAAAAGUGGUACUGAAGAUGAGUUUCUGAAAGCUUUUCAAAAAGGCCUCGAAAAAUCCAUUAAAAGCUACAUAAGAAAUAAUCUUGAAAUACUUUCACAAAUACUGAAGAAGCCGUCAGUAGUGGAAACGCCAACUUAUCCUAAACAACUUACUCCACAAGUUAUUGACAAAGCAUUGUUAAAUUUAAAACGUGCUUUACCAGAAACAAUCCCGAUGUUUCCUUUUGCUGUUGCGGAACCAAUAACUUCUGUGGAUAUUUUGUUCUUUUUCGGCAUAUUGAACAGUAGAUUUAAAAAUCUAACAGAUUUUAUAUGUAGCUCCCAAGUAGAAAAUAGUGUCUCCACAUCUUCCAUAAGUGUCAAUUUCCAUAUAAACAGUAGCAGCUUGGAGGGACACUAUGAGCUGGAUGUGAGCAACUACGACAUGCAUUUGUAUGGUGAUGGUGAUUACAGAAUCACCACCAACGGGACAGAUAUUGCUUUCCACACCAAUAUAGAAAUAUCCAUGGACGAUUCAUUCACGAUGAGAGACUUUAUUUUUAAUGUCAGCAUAACUACUGCUGAACUAACAAUGACCAAUCUGCUAAACGGAGAUCCAUCGGCUAAUAAUCUCACAGACUACGUAAGCAAGUUGAUGCCUGCUGAAGUGGCAACUAUGAAUGACAUGUUCCAACAGACUGUGAACAGCUCUGUAGUACAUUUUACUAAUGACUACAUCGCUUCAAUCAUGUCUUGGAGGGAAAUUGUUGAUUUUGUAUACAUCUUGGCUGAGAUUUAAUUAAACAUUGUGAUUUUCUUACAAUCUUCAAUUUUGUUUAAGGGAGUGAAGUAGGGUUCUUGUGAGUACCUACUUUUCUGAAGGUUGAACACAUCAAAUCUCUAAAUGAUUGAGUACACUGAAAAGUUUAUUGAUCCUUUAGAUAAAAUUGGCAAUCUGAUCACAAAUUAUGUUUGUAUUUAUUGUAUCCUAAGUGUAAAGUUUGUAUCAAUAUAUUGCUAUUAUAAACAUACUGAACAACAGUACAACUUAAAUAUUUAUUUAUCCUAAUGUUUAAGACAAUUUCAAAAUGUACAUUUUAAGUAAUCCAUUGUUUUAGACUCCUAGAAAUUCCUAAAAAUAAAAAUACAUGGCUCAAACUCUGUGACUGAAAAAAAAGUCAUUGAAGAUGUAAUGUAAUAUCAGGCUGGGUUUAAAUCUUAUAUUUAAAAAUUUGGUUUUUCUUUUCUGAGUUUGUUUGGCUCUUCUACCUAACCGAUUAUCAUGAUUGAGGUUUCAAAUUGAAGGUAUGCACUCACAGAUUUCACAUUAAGCAUCGCCAUAUUUUUCUUUCGUUCUUUAUUUUGCUUUUAUCAAAUUAUCAAUAUCUUUUGGCAUGAGUAUUUCUGGCUGUACCUCUAAGUAAAAUUUGGAUAGAAUUCUUACUCUUCAAAAAAGAGCAAUCAAAAUUAUCAAUUAUGUUAAAUUUAGAAUGGGACACUUCUGCUCGUCAAUAUUUUUCAAAAAUGGGAAUAAUGACUGUGUAUAGUAUUUAGGUUUUUCAUACAAUUUUACUCCAAAAAUACUAUCUAAUGGUAAUUUGGUCCCAAGACUUGUUGAUAGUUAUAAUUAUUUUACCAAGAACAGAAAUGAAAUUGCUGUCAGUGUCCAUAAUUUGAAGAAAAAAAACCACCUGUGCAAGGAAAAGGUUUUUGGACAAACUCCCAGCUGAGUUGAGGAAUAUUGAUAACGUUUCCAAAUAAACUUGAACAUUUGUUAACUGAUAAAACACUUUGUGGUUUCGAUUUCGAUGUAGGUUAGAUUGAUUUAGUUUUAAGCCUAGUGACUCCAUUCAAUGUAUGUGACUGUAUACCAUAUGA